UCAUCACCCAAGCUGCAAGGAAAAGAGAAGUAUAGCGCUUUACAAUGACAACCAUGACAGGAAGAGAGGAUGGCGCUGAGGAAAAGCUCAAAGUCAAGAUGCUGGCGCCUGCAUUUGGGAUCGAUAAAUCACGACUUCAUGGAUCUGGGUUUAGGUCUAAAGGCUUUGCCAUCACGGACCUACUGGGUCUUGAAACGGAUCUCCAGCCUCGCCCAUCCGGACCUUAUGGAAUAGGAGGACACGGGGAUGUUCAGAGCGCUGGGAUGGGAUUCCCUUUCGCUGGAGGAUCCUUGCCUCUUGGUCUGGGGUUCCUGUGCAGUUUGGCGGCUCAGCAACCUCCGGGGGCCCCCUGCUUCCUACCGAGUCACAUACCACUCCUUCAGUCCAGGACGGAGAGCCAUUUCAUGCAGAAUUUGGAGCAACAUAGAGACGCCUACUCUGAUGACGAAUGUCUCUCUGGUGAACGAAACGAUUCGAAAAACUCAGGGAACUCACAGAAGAGAAAGAAAAGGAGGCACAGAACUGUGUUCACUUCUCAUCAACUGGAGGAGCUGGAAAAGGCAUUCCAUGAGGCACAUUACCCAGACGUGUAUGCCAGGGAAAUGUUAGCAAUGAAGACAGAAUUGCCUGAGGAUAGAAUACAGGUAUGGUUUCAGAAUCGUCGGGCCAAGUGGAGGAAACGUGAGAAGUGCUGGGGACGCAGCAGUGUGAUGGCAGAGUAUGGGCUCUACGGUGCCAUGGUCCGCCACUCCAUCCCUCUGCCAGAAUCAAUCAUCAACUCCGCCAAAAGCGGGAUGAUGGGCUCCUGUGCUCCCUGGCUUCUAGGUGAGCCAGCAGGAAUGCACAAGAAGUCCAUGGAUAUAGUAAAGAAGUCCCCAGGAAUGCCAGAGUUUACCCACUCGGAUACUAACUCCGAGGAAACUAAAGGGAAAGACAACGACAUGUCCUGGCCAAAUCGCUCUCGUGGUAUAGACGACAGCGAGGACAUGGCAAUAGACCUAUCCAGCACCUCUAAGCAGGACAGCAGCAAGAGCACUUUGAAGUCAUCGUCACCCCAAAGGGACMCCAUUCGCAACAGCGAUUCAGACGAUGAAAGCUAAAUAAAUGCCAAUCCCCGUCGCAGACAGUGAGCUUGGACAUUUGCGUGGAAAUUAUGCUCACCUGGAAGACAAUUAUUUUCCAAAGAUGCGCAACAUUCCCAUCACAUUAGGGGUGUACAGUGUACUUGUCUUAUUUCUUAAUAAUUGUAUUUGGACAUAUGUUUUAUAAAGUUGUUUGGUUUUAAAUAUAAGAUAAUAUUUAAUGUUUUAUUCCGUGCUAUAGGCAACUUUUGUUUAAUUUUGUGUGUUGUUGAAAUAAUAUUUCAAAAAAGAAGCGAGAGGACCACGGAGAGGACAUAUAACCUCUUCUCCUGCAGAAACGUGUUACACGAUAAAUCAAAAUUCAAUUUCUCUAAAAACAAUUUGUGAACAUGUACAAACCUUAGGCCUACAUCUCAUUUMAUCUUUUUGAAAGGUGAUGGUUAGGGUGUAAGCCCCACUACUUGCAUUUGAUAUAAAACAUAAACUAAAAUA